AUUCUGCCUCUCCAGUAAUAGUGCUUGCAAAAAAAGGGAGUUUUAAAGCUUUUGCUUUUUUGGAUUGUGUGAAUGCUCCAUUCGCCUCACAAACAACCACAGAACCACAAGUGCGGUGCAAACUUUCUCCAGGAGGACAGCAAGAAGUCUCUGGUUUUUAAAUGGUUAAUCUCCGCAGGUCACUACCAGCCACCGAGACCAACAGAGUCAUUUAAGGCUGCAAGCAGCAUUUACAACAGAGAGUACAAGUUCUAUCUGAAAAAAAAAAAAGGAGGGACUAUGGCAUCAAACAGCCUCUUCAGCACAGUGACAACAUGUCAGCAAAACUUCUUUUGGGAUCCGAGCACCAGCCGGCGCUUCAGCCCCCCCUCCAGCAGCCUGCAGCCCGGCAAAAUGAGCGACCUGAGCCCGGUGGUGGCUGCACAACAGCAGCAACAGCAGCAGCAACAGCAGCAGCAACAGCAGCAGCAGCAGCAGCAACAGGAGGCGGCCGCGGCGGCGGCAGCGGCAGCGGCGGCGGCGGCGGCGGCGGCAGCGGCUGUGCCCCGGCUGCGGCCGCCGCACGAUAACCGCACCAUGGUGGAGAUCAUCGCUGACCACCCGGCCGAACUCGUCCGCACUGACAGCCCCAACUUCCUGUGCUCAGUGCUACCCUCGCACUGGCGCUGCAACAAGACCCUGCCCGUGGCCUUCAAGGUGGUAGCCCUUGGAGAGGUACCAGAUGGGACUGUGGUUACUGUCAUGGCUGGUAAUGAUGAAAAUUAUUCUGCUGAGCUCCGGAAUGCGUCUGCUGUCAUGAAAAACCAAGUAGCAAGGUUCAACGAUCUGAGAUUUGUGGGCCGGAGUGGACGAGGCAAGAGUUUCACCUUGACCAUAACUGUCUUCACAAAUCCUCCCCAAGUAGCCACCUAUCACAGAGCAAUUAAAGUUACAGUGGAUGGACCUCGGGAACCCAGAAGGCACAGACAGAAGCUUGAUGACUCUAAACCUAGUUUGUUCUCUGACCGCCUCAGUGAUUUAGGGCGCAUUCCUCAUCCCAGUAUGAGAGUAGGUGUCCCGCCUCAGAACCCACGGCCCUCCCUGAACUCUGCACCAAGUCCUUUUAAUCCACAAGGACAGAGUCAGAUUACAGACCCCAGGCAGGCACAGUCCUCCCCGCCAUGGUCCUACGACCAGUCUUAUCCUUCCUACCUGAGCCAGAUGACAUCCCCGUCCAUCCACUCCACCACCCCACUGUCUUCUACACGGGGCACUGGGCUUCCUGCCAUCACCGACGUGCCCAGGCGCAUUUCAGGUGCUUCAGAACUGGGCCCUUUUUCAGACCCCAGGCAGUUCCCCAGCAUUUCAUCCCUCACUGAGAGCCGCUUCUCCAACCCACGAAUGCACUAUCCAGCCACCUUUACUUACACCCCGCCAGUCACCUCAGGCAUGUCCCUCGGUAUGUCCGCCACCACUCACUACCAUACCUACUUGCCACCACCCUAUCCCGGCUCCUCCCAAAGCCAGAGCGGACCCUUCCAGACCAGCAGCACUCCAUAUCUCUACUAUGGCACUUCGUCAGGAUCCUAUCAGUUCCCCAUGGUGCCGGGGGGAGACCGGUCUCCUUCCAGAAUGCUUCCGCCAUGCACCACCACCUCGAAUGGCAGCACGCUAUUAAAUCCAAAUUUGCCUAACCAGAAUGAUGGUGUUGACGCUGAUGGAAGCCACAGCAGUUCCCCAACUGUUUUGAAUUCUAGUGGCAGAAUGGAUGAAUCUGUUUGGCGACCAUAUUGAAAUUCCUCAGCUGUGGCCCAGCGGUAUCUGGGGGCCACAUCCCACACGAGUCAACAUAUACAUAUAUAGAGAGAGUGCAUAUAUAUGUAUAUCAAUUAGCUAUCUACAAAGUGCCUAUUUUUAGAAGAUUUUUCAUUCACUCAGUCAAUGGUCUUGCAACCAUGAGAGGGGUAGAUAAUGAGAAGGCAGAAGGCCCAAGAGAGAAAAUCACAAUUGGGUUUCAGAUUGUUUACUAUUUAAAAUAUACUUUUACAAAGGAACAAACAAGGGAAAAGGUAUUUGGUUGUUGUUGUUUGGUCUUUUAUCAUAAAUAACCUGUUCAUGCCAAUUCAGAGAGGUGGACUCCAGGUUCAGGAGAGAGAAGAGCAAAGCCGCUUCCUCUCUGUGCUUUGAAACCACACACCCUUCCGGUUGCAGCUGUGUAUGGACAGUGCACUCUGCAGGCCUGCGUGUAAAGCUGGUCAGGGUGCAUGUAAAGGGACAAGGGCUAGAAUGGAUGCUUCCAUUUCAGUAGGCUCCAUUCAGAAUCACUGUUCCAAACUUCGCUUUCAGAUUAAUGCAGGUACUCAUUUGAACUGUUUGGUUCAGUUUCUUUUCUUCUACUCUAAGAAAGUGACUUCAAAAAUACUGAUCAGGAUAGAUUAUUUUAUUUUACUUUUUAAUACUUCCCCCCUUUCCCAUUUAACCAAAAAGAAAUUCCAUCCCUAAAACCCCUUUUUCUCCUUUUAUGCAAAACUGAAAAUGGCAAUACCUUAUUAUAGCCAUAAUGGUAUAGAUAGUGUUUGCGUUUGGCUGUGUGUUAUUUGUUUUCUUUUUUUUUUUAAAUUAUGAAUAUGUGUAAAAUCUGAGGUAACUUGCUAACGUGAAUGGUCAUAUAACUUUAAAGAUAUAUUUAUAAUUAUUUAAUGACAUUUGGGCCCUUGAAACAUUUCUUAGUGUAUUGAUAUGUUGACUUCGGUCUCUAAAAAUGCUCUUUAUUAAAUAACAAAUUUCUUCGGUGGGCUAGAGCCAUAUCUGAAAUAUUGCUAAGCAAUUUCAGUUCAUCCAUGCACAAUGUGAUGUUUGAAAAUACUUCCAUCUCCAAAUAUUUUAGAUGUAGCUUGUUUUUGUGAUGUAUGAAGGAAAUGUUACGUUUAGUUCUUUCAGAUCUUUGAUCGCCUCUAACACAGCUUUGCCUUUUAAAGCAAUAAUUAGGGAUUCACAGAACAAUUCUUAACCCUUUAUCAACUAUGUUGCCCUUUAUCAGCAUGAAAUGCUAGAGUGACGUGGUUUCCUAAUUUCUUUCAGGUAAUUAUGACUUUUGUCAUAUUAAAAAGCCAAGCACAAAUAAAUCAUUGAACUGCAGAAAAAUAUUCUGUGGUUUUAUAGUUAAGCAAGACUCUAAAUCUUCAGGCUUCAUAGCAAAGACUUAGUCAGCUUAAAGCCACACAUUGAUAAAGAAUCGAUCAUGAUACGUGUAGUACAGGAAAGCAAAACUGUACCAGGGAUUUGUAAUUAGCCAGCCUUACUAAACAGUGAAUCAGGGGAACCCAAAUCUGCCUUAUCCAAGGCCCCACUGGCCACUUUCCAGAGAAUUUGCAUUUAAAGGAGUGCAGAAUGAUGUCAUUGUCUUUGAGGAACAGGUCAUCUGAAGUAGUAGCCAAGUUCCAGCAGGUAGCUGAUCUGAGAGGACAUAACAGCCUGUGAGGAUCUACAUACAGCCGUUGGCAUUUGUAUUUCUUACCAGGGAGGGCCAGGGUACAUGGAGUUUGGUGUCUACUGCGUGUAUGAAUUUGAGCUAGAGCCCUUCUGUAGGAUGCACUUUGACCUGGCAACCACAUGGCAAAUUGCCAAGUGCCGAUCCUUAGUCCAAACCAACAUCAUCUGGACACCACCAGGUGUCCCUGCUCUUUGCCCACACUGGUCAGGGCCCCUUCAUUUGAGUCCUGUGCCCUCCUAAGUAGAACUUAGCAGAGAUUUGCCUCCAUCCCCAGUGGCUCCCUUCCUCUGUAGCCAUUCUCAAGCCCACCUUGGUAGGUUGCCCAGCAUUGCAGGGCAGCUUCUAGGGGCAACGGGAACUGUACUUCUUGCCUGGGAGUCUCCCAUGGAAUUCAUCCUGACUCCUUCUAGUAAAAAUUGAAGGGGAAACAAACAAAAAAACACUUUGCCUUCUAAAGGUUGUAUACCAAGUAUGCUUAGAUAAUACGCCACUUUUCUAUUACUUAAGAUGGAAGUAGUAAUUGAUACUAUUUAUUGUUUGUGUGUGGUAGCUUGAAGCACACCACUGUCCAUUUAUUUUUAAGUGUAAAAUAUGUGUGUUUGUUUCAGCAGCACUUAAAAAAGCCAGUGUCUGGUUACACAUUUCAAUUUUAAUUAAUUAACAUAAAAAUGUUACCACCAGUGCCAGCUGCAUCCUAUUUAAUAAAAAGGUACUAUAUUUGUACAUUAUUUUUUAAUGUUAAAGGGGCUUUUUUAAGUUUACAGGACACAUACUAAGUGACUUUAGGGAUGCUUUUGUGUUGAAAUGUUAUUAUAGUGGCUGCAGGCAGCAACCCAGAAACACUUUAAAUGUUUUUUCCUUGGGAAAAAUUCAAGCACUUCUUCCUUCCAGCCUCAUUCCAACCACUCCAAUGGGGUAAUUCACAUGUCUUAGAACAAGUUCUGUCCUUUUUUGGCCCAUGGGGUUAAAAUUUUGUGGGGAUUUUUUUCAUUUUUUUUUUCUUUUUACUGAAUCCUUAAUUUGCACUGGUUCAUGUGUAUAAUUUGGGAUUUCAAGACCAAAGCAAAGUCUAACUACUACUAUGGAACCAUGUACUAGUCAACACUCUAUUUCCUUGGGGUUAAAAUAGCAUGGUUCCUUCUGCAGCACAGACAUGGCAGGAAUUUACAGCAUGACCAAUGCAGCUCCAUUUUUAUCUUUUUCAGUUGUCUCACAAAUUUCAACCUGUGUCAGAGUUCCAGAACAGGUACCACAGCUUUGGUUUCAGAUAAGUGGGAUGACAUCCAGCAGAACUGAGAGACUCAACAGAUUAUUGUUUUCCUGUUAGGCCUUUUUACUCCCCCCAUCCCCACCCAGGGCCAGUUAAAAAUGAGCAGAGAAAUCCCAUUAGGGACAUCCAUGCUAAUUCAGAAGGGAAGAGAUGUGUGUGCUGGCUCAAAGGGUUCUCUCCAUUCUGAGGAAAGAGACUGGCCCAGAAUAUAGAUUAAUACAUGGAAACACAGAGCAUUAGCAAAAGUAAUAAUUAUACCUACGGUAUUUGAAAAAACAAUAAUAAACAUAAUAAAGAUGAUCCUUCCAAACCUUGAAUUUGUUGUCCUUAAAAAGAUGAUGCAUUUAAAAAUAUUUUCUAUGUGAGAAUUUUUUAGAUGUUUGUUUACUUCAUGUUUACAAAUAACUGUUUGCUUUUUAAUGCAGUACUUUGAAAUAUAUCAGCCAAAACCAUAACUUACAGUCGUUUCUUAGGUAUUCUGAAUAAAAUUCCAUUUUCUGGAUUUGCUUUACCAUUUUUAGAUUUCUGUGGAACAAAAAUAUCUGUAGCAUUUUGUGUAAAUACAAGCUUUCGUUUUUAUUUUUUCCAAUUGCUGUUCCCCAAGAAUUGCUUCCCAUGCACAUAUUGUACAAAUUCUGCUUUGUGCCACAGGCCGUGAUUGUGGAUAAGUUUACUCUUAACUCAAAGGGACUAUCUGUAUUGUAUGUUGCAAUUGUAAAUGGAAUUAUUUGGCAUUUUUCUCAUGAUUGUAAUAUUAAUUUGAAGUUUGAAUUUAAUUUUCAAUAAAAUGGCUUUUUUGGUUUUGUUA